AUGGAGCUGUACCUCAGAGCCUGCUCCAAGGCUGCCAAUGUCGCCGCCACCAAGACGGGCUCCAGCAGCCUGGCCGCGGACAGUCAGCAGUGCGGAGACGGUGUACACAAGACCCAGUUUCCAGGGGUGGGAGCCUCUCAGCUACUGGAUUUGCCCCUUGGCGUCAAGUUGCCUGUGAUUCCAGGAAGUAAUACUGUUUUCUUUACUACGAAUAUAAGUGAAAAGCUUUUUCGACCGUCCUACGGUUUUAACCUGACAGAUCCUUAUUGUCAGCUUUUGGAAAACCAGUACAAAAACCUCCAUGAUCCACAUUUAAGAGCCUACUAUAAGCGCAAAGAUAUCCUGAGGAGACUAAAGAAAGGUGGCUACAUCACCAGCAAUAAUAAAAUUGUAUGUACCUUGAAGGAAUUAAAUAAAUACAGGCAAUAUCUCACCAGCUUAAAAUUAGACUUUGAAAGAAACUAUGUAAGGGAACAAAAAAUGAUCGCAAAACAACUACGUAGACUGCAGGAAACCAAUCAUCUCCCUGAAUGUUCUGAAACUGCACACUUCCAGAAUUGGUUGUUACAUGAGGGCGCUGCACAAUCUAUUAAGGACCAGGAGAGGUUAAUAAGACACAGGUAUCUGGAUAUGAUAUGUAGGGAAUUAGAACAACUAGAGCGCACAGCAGAAGAGCAUCGCCUACUCCAGAGAGAUAGAGAAGAGAGGCGUCAGCGGGAACACACAAGAAGAAAACUUAAUCUUCGCAGAAAAAUUGAAGAAGAAUGGAAGACAAAAGAGAUGUUACUUCUGACAAGGAUUGGAGAAGAUGUUAAAAGAGAACAGAGGGUAGAAGAACAGCGGCGUAAAUAUAGAGAAGAGAGUGACAGAAAGAAACAAGUCCUGCUAGAGAAAAAAAUGGCUUAUCAUUUACAAAAAAUGCACGAUACCGGCUUUAAAGAAGAUACAGGGAAAAGUACGUUAGAAAACAGUGGACAAGAUGGAGCCAUUUAUGAAUCUUCUCCAAAGAAGAAAAAGACGACUUAUGAUGAUAUAAAAGUAGUUUAUCCAGUUCCUGAGCAGAAAUCACAGAAAGAACUACCUGGACAGACAACAAAUGUUAUUUAUCAGUCUCUAAGUAGUUCAAAGAAUAUUACAAAAAAAUCAACUUCAAUUGUUUAUCAUCAAGAUUUGCAGGAUAAUGGUAUAGAACUAAAGAGAGAUGGAAUAAUGAAUAAAAAAUCAAGUAUUACUGAUGAGAGAGGAGGUAUAAACAUAUCAGCUCGAGGUUCAGUUGUUUCAGCUCAAACUUCACCCACAAAAGGUUACCGUAAAAGUUCACAGACAUUUAUAGGGGCUCCAAUUCAAAAAGAAGAGAAGGAGAUAAAUACUGACUGGAGUGGAAGACCAACCAAGAAGAAAUCAAGCUAUAUCUCUGAAUCAGGACCUCAGGGUAGAGCUACAGCCACGGGUAUUUUUUCUUCUCCUGUUUUCUCAAACACACAACAGAACCUUCUACAAAAUUGUUUGCAACAAAAAGUAACUUCUGAAGAACUGACUAGUAUAAUUCAGAACAUAAUGACCUGGGUUGUAGCUACAGUGACUAGCAUAUUAUAUCCAGCCAUCACAAAGUAUGAAGAAAGGUUGCAAAAUAAUACCUAUCCAGUGUCUGAGGACUCUGUCCUUUCUUCAGAUAGUUCAAGUUUCUGUAGCACAUGCAGUGAAGAGUUUACAUAUGGAAGCUACACAUCUGCAACAACUAAAACAUAUCAGGCAGAGCCUUGUACAUUUGCAGUUCACACAUCAGUAAAAAGAACAAACACACCCUUAGAACCUCCUUCUUCUCAUGUGGAAAGAAGAGUUGUGGGGAAAGCAUUUCACCAGAAAGGACAGUCUAUAGCCUCUGAACUCAAAUAUAACAAAGGCAGCUUGAUGUAUUCAUACCCUAAGCUCGGAAGUUCUAAAUCAGAUAGUCAUCUUUUAGCACCAUUGGAAACAGGCAGAAAAAAAUCUAAGGAUGCUACCACAGAAACAGAUGGCUUAGUGAAUGUGAAUCCAUUGUUUUCUGAUCAAAAAGCAAAAGCUGUGGAUGAGAUAAAGAAUUUAAAGAAUGUUUUUGUUAACUUUAAAUGUCACUUGAAAGGGGAAACUGAACUGAUUUUAGAAAGCAUUUUUCAAGAACUAAUGUCUGAUUUAACCCAGGCCAUUCCUUCUCUUUCUUCUGUAACCGCCGAAGUUUUUGUUGACCAGUGUGAGUCUGACAAAGAAGACUUGUUUUCCAAUGUUGAAAUCUGCUCUGUAGCUUCAGAGAUUGUGGAAAACAUGCUUGAGAAACUAGAACUUGCAGUUGAGAAAAAAUGUGUUGAGGUAUUUUCACAAGAAGAUUUGUCAGUCGACCUUAAACCAAAUUUAACAACCAGUGACGAGUGUUUCACAUCAUCAAAUGGAAAACUUUCAGAAGAGUCAUUACCACCGUGUCUUUUGGAACCUAUGUGUGAUAUUGCAGAGGAUAUGGUACAUGUCAUUUUAGAAAAGCUGAAGACUCUUGCAUCUUAUAAGAAAACUGAACUUCCUCUUGAAGACAAAACCAAACAUCAAAAGCAAAAUAAGACAGACCCAACACACACAGUACCCCAAAGUGAUGGCAGAGAGAAAUCCACUCCUGAUCCUGAUAAAACUAAUUUAAGUUUCAAAGAAGAAAUACAAAAUUUAAUAUCAGGUAUUUUUUCACAGUCAAAUUUGAUUGGUUAUGUAAAAGAAGCAAUCGGUACUAUACUAGGUUAUGUACAAACUGAACUUAAUAAUGAGAGACUUGUUGCAUCUGAAGAAACAAUAGUAUUCCUUCAACUACUUGAUGAUAUGUUUACACAGCUCCACCAGAAGCCAGUAAAAACAGGUGUACAAAAAAGAAGACAACCUAGAGUGAGAAAUAUUUCUGACACUGAAGAAAAGUAUAGACUCACUGGCACUAGCUUAUCUAAUGGACCUAUGCCUAGAAAACCAUUUCCACCUAUUAAUGUCCCAGGCAUGGUCCUUUAUUCUGAAGAUGAUAAUGAAGAGAUUGACCACAUUGUGAAAAGUGUGCUUGAUUCAUCCUUCAAAGAAGAAAAAGGAAAACCACAAGACCAGAUUUCUAAUCAUCGGUUUACAAAAGGAAACACUGAUUUUCAAAGCAAAAAAAUCAGGAGACCACCUACAAAGUCUGCUGCUCCAAGCAAAGUUGUACUUCAUGAUUGGGAAUUAAAGACAGAGCUGCCAUCUUUUAGUAAUGAAGACAUUUUAAAGGAAAAACCAUGCCUGAAUAAAGACAUUUCCAUUUUCACCAAAGAUCAAAAGCAUCAAAUUCAAAAGACUUCAGAAAACAUAGUUAAAUGUAUUUUAACAGAAAUGUUCAAGGAUAUAUUUUCUACUUCUUCUGAUUACCUCAGCAGCAAAAUUGGCAAAGAAUCUUCAGCUCUUGUUACAGAAGAAUCUCAAGGACUGUCAAGUCAAGAAUGGAUACACAAGAUGUUUUCUGUGUCGGAAAUUACUGCAGUGGCUAAAGAAAUAGCAGAUUCUGUGUUAAAUAUACUUCAUAAGGCAUCAAGCUGCAUUCCCGAUAUCACUGAAAGUAUCAUUUCAUCAUCAGUUUGUCAAACUUUUCUAGAUAAAUCUGACAGUCCCCAAAUAGUCAAUAAAGCACCAAAUAAAAAACCAUUGAAAAUAUGGUUUGACAGUGAAAAGAAAAUGAAAUAUUUAUCAUCCCUUGAUGUAGAUUCUAAAAAGCCUUACCGGUCAAGAUCUGAAGAAGGUACACUUAAGAAUGUAGAUGACAUUAGUAAUAAGAUCAUUGAUACAGUUUUUAAAAAACUGAAGCUAUUGAUUUGUCCAAAAUUGCAAAAGAGAGUCAAACCUUCACUUCCCAAACAAUCUUUAUUACAAUCUCAACUUAGUACUUAUACGACUAAAAUAGUAAGCAUUGUUUUGCAUGCUAUCCAGAAUGAAGUAGAAUUCAGUAAGAAAAACUUACAUCUUACAGAGAUAGACUAUACUAAACCCCCUACAAGGAAAGGAUUUGUUGCUGAUAAUGAUAAGAAAUUAGAAUAUCUUGUCACAGAUCUCAAUGAUGACAUUAUGACCAGUCCAUUAUUAACUUGUAUUUGUGAUAUGGUAUCAGGUAGAAAUGAAGAUCAAAGGAAUACUUUUCUCCUUUCAGAUAAGUCAACAUCUUCAACUUCCUAUGGAUCUGACCACUUUGACAAACAAAACACUUUGUCAUUUAGACAGGAUAAAAAAUCUUUUCUCAAAUCUUUGGCUACUCCUUGUGCUUUCCAUAGUAUCAAGAAUGGAAAAGACCUCAAAGAGAAUAACAAAUUGCAAGUAUUAGAUAGUAUUGGGGAAACACUACAGGAAAUGUUAAACCAACUAGCAUGUAUCUAUCCUAACUCUCAACCAUCCUGUAGUCAGCAAAACAGAAAGAAAUCAAACAAGAAGCAGCAAAUGGCCACCGAACUGGUAUCUGAUGUUCAGUUAAUUUCCAAAACUAUUUUGGAAUAUAUCAUUGCAAAACUAUGUGGUGUUGAUAUGGAUACCAAUUUAGCAAGUUUUAAAGCUUCAUCAGAAUCUCCUGACAUUGACAACUUAUCGUUUGCUUCAAUUAUUGAGGAAAUGGCCAAAUGCACCAGUAUAAUCUCUGACAUAAUUUCCAAAAUGAUGCAGAAAAAUAAUAAAGAUCUGACUAAAAGCAAGGCAAAAAAUGUUGCUCCUGUGUCUUCCAAAAUAGAGAACUCAAAAGUAACACAUCCAAAUGCAUUGAAAACUACAGCUUCAGAUAUUCUUAAUAUGGUUUUUGCUAAUUUGGAAGGGUUUGCCAAUCAGAAUUUAGAUACUCUAGGUGUUAAUAAUGAUUACAGUCAAAAAGACAGAGGGGUGGACUGGGAAUGUGAAAGUACCAGUGCAUUCACAGAUAUCUGUGAAGAACCAUUGCGGUCUACUUUAUAUACACAAGCAAAGAAGGUAUCAAGUGCUCUUUUGAAAACAAUUCAAACUGAAUUAAAUAUGAACAUGUCAGAUUUGAAGACAAGUAUAAAAAACCCAUCACCUGAAACACAAAUGUUUACAAAUAUAGUUGAUUUAAUUUUAGAUUCAGUAUCCACAGAUACAUUCAGUGAAACUGAAUCUGAAGACAGAGGCAUUGAAACUUAUCGAUACCAGCCAACUUAUGGAAAUUUCCUUCCUGGAGGAGCUGACACAGAGUCAUUUAUAGAAGAUGAGGCACCUGCAGAGAAAGAAUUAAGUGGAGAGAGAACAUCACUGAGAGAGGAAGCUAAAACAUAUUCUUCUAAACAAUGGAUUCUAGAAAGAACGCUGAACAAAAUUGAAGUGAAACUCAGAGAACCACAUAAAUCUCCAAUUGUUCCAAUUAUAAAAAAUAUCUUGAAUGAAAUUUUUCAAAGUGAUUUAAUCAAUGAAUUAAAUGUGCUUUCUCCCUCUCAGACUCAUUUCAGUGACAUGCCUCACAAUGUUCAUGAGUCAACUACUCAAACAUCUGUUCAAUUUAUGAAUAAGGUAAUUGGUCCAUUAGUGUCUGACACAGAUGUAACAGUAGUGGCAGAUGAUGUGGUUAGAAUUGUAUUCCAUAAACUUUAUUCAGCUGCCACGACAGAAAAAAAUGUAAGUGAAAAUAGUUGCAAAACUGUCACCUUUUCAGCUAAUGUUUCUUUUCAUGAACACACCUAUGGUCAAAACUCCUCUGUUGCUGUGUUGGAUGGAAAUCCAUGUUCUCUACAGUCCAGAUUGACUGUUGAAAAACAAAACAAAGUAAAUGUAAUUGAAGAUAUUGUACAGACAAUAUUAACCAACUUAGAAAUUUUUACUACAUCCAAGGUAAAAUCACUCUUUUACCCCCAAGUCAACUUCACAGUGCCAGUUACUUUACCCUAUCCACAUGAUGAAAGUACAUUGAGCAAAGCAUUAUCAGCCAAAGACUCACAAUCUGAUGAACAAUAUUCCUGUUGCUCAGUGGAUCAUAUCAAGUCAGGACAGUCCAACUCCUGGUGCCAACCAUCUUUAUCAAAAUUAAAUAUUUAUGCAAAAGAAGUGGCUACAAAAAUACUACAAGGAAUCAAACAUGAGUUAGAUAAAGAAAGGGAGGGUCCUUUCUUGACUCAAAAAAUUGUGGUUUCUGAAAGUAUUGCAAGUCAAGUUGUUAGCACAGUGCUAGAUAUUGUAUCAUGCAAAAGUAAAUGUGACAAACACAGUUCUGACAAAGAGAUUAAUUCAGAUCAGCAAGAAGGUAUUAUUGAAAAGCUGUUCAGUAAGCCUGAAUAUCGAAAAAUACUUCAGUUUCAAAUACAAGAUACCAUAAAAGGUAUCUUGUGUGAUAUUUAUGAAAAAACUCUGUUUCAGAACAAUCUCUCCUUUGUCACUCCCUCUCUGAAAAGUAGCAUAACAGGUAAAUAUUUGAAACCAAAUUCUGAAAUUUUCAUUGAGGGUACAAACAAGAAUAUUCCUGAAUUUUCAGUUCCUAAGUCAGACGUCAUUUUGUUCUCUAAGGAUAUAGUGGAUAUUGUUCUUCAUAAUCUCAAUUCUGUUGUAAUGCUUGGCAUAAAUGCAAAGGAUUCCACUCUUGCACAAUUGACCUUUUGUGAUACAUUUCCAAAAGAAGAGGGUCAUCAGUCCCUCCUUGUGGUUUCAAAAAGUGAAGAAAAGACAGAGUAUUUUCCAUAUUUAAAAAAAAAGAAAUCAGCUUAUGCUGAUGAUAAUCAGAUAGCUGUAGCAGGGAAAGAAGACACCAAGAAAUCUAUUCCUGACCCUUGUGAGGAAAAUGCUAAUUCCAUCACUAAGACUAUUUUCAAUCGGUUACAAUCUUUUGCCACAGAAAGAAUAGAUUCGUUAAUUACUCUUGCUUUACAGCCUAAAGCAAAGUCAUUUGUUAGCCCAGAAUUGGAAAAUUGUAAACAAGAUGAUAGCAUUUUUUGUGAAUCAAGCCAAGUGGAAUCUGAUGUGAAUGUCUUGAAAAUAUCAACAACUAAAUCCAUUCUCAGUGAAGAACUUACAGAGCACACUUUUGCCAGUUACAGAGAAAAACUUGGAUCCACGAUUCAUUUAUCAGAAGCUAGUCUUAAGAAAUAUGCUGAUAUUAUUGCUAGCACCAUUUUGAAGCUUAUUAAGAAUGACUUAGACUUAGAAAUCAAAAAAAUGCAUCCAUUUCCAAAUAACAUUCUAUUCCAGAAAAAUGUCUUUGUGAAUGAAAUUGUCGACAGUACUUUAAAGAUUUUAUAUAAUAAAAGUUCUGUAAAGGAAAUUAGUUUUUCCUCAAAAGAGAAUCAUAACUUUUCACAAUUAACUAUAGCAAAUGAAAUAUUGCUGGAACACAAAGAAAAAGCAAAAAGCACUACAAUAUCUCUGUUUACAAAUUGCCCAGUAGAGCAAAACCAAACGACAUUUGAGAAGGAAAGCCAGAAAAAUGCUUUGGAAAAAAUAUUUAUGAGAAAUGGAGAAUCAAAACAAAAAGAGAAAACUGAAUUACUCAGUGCAGUAGAAGAUCUUUUGAAUAACUUGGAUCAAAGAAUAAUGGAAGUCCUAGGAUGUUUGCCUCCAUAUAAUGAAAUCCCCACCUUUAUGUCUAAUUAUAAAAUUAAAACAUCAGGUAUAACACACAAAAAAAAUUUUCAGUCACAUAUUAACAGUGCUGCAAAUGAUAUAGUUGAAAGUGUUUUGGAGAAAAUGUACCAUGUUGUUAUGACAUCAUUAUACAAAAACAAAAGGGGAGAAGUAGAGAUAUGUGACAAUAAUGAUACUUUACCAAUGAAACUACCAAGCUUUAGAGAAACUAAACAAGCAGGGAAAACAAAUAAUGCCUGUAGAUAUGGAAUGCUACAGGUGUGUUCUUCUGCAAAGAGUCAAAAUAUUUCUGUGUUAGAAAACACUUCUUUGCAAUAUUCACCAUUGCACAUAGGAAAAGAUUUAGUCCAAAUGGUUCUUAGUAUGAUCACACAGUUCAUCUCACUCCAUCUAGAAGAGAGUUUUUCCCCUAAAGAUUGUUCUGAUGAAUUGCCACCUGUUAGACUAAGUAAUUCUAAAGUUAGCCCUAAGAGCAGCCCUAGGCAAGGUCUUAAAGCAAAUUUCAAAGGAAGAUCAAAAAUUACCUCUUUGCCUAAAUUUAAAACAAAACCAUACCUAGGACCUACUGUUGCUAAAGCUAAAAGCAAGAUCAAGUUAAGUACUGGAGAGAAGACUUCAAUAGAUAGUUGGUCCAAGACUUUCACUGGACUGCCACGCAUCCUAUCAACAGGAGAUGCCAAAAACUUACUGGAAUCAAAAUUGCCCACUUCAGAACUAAAAAUGUAUGCCAAAGAUAUAACAAGUAAUAUUCUGGAAUCAGUUGUGAAAAAAUUUGAUAGAGAGAUGGAAACUAGAGCAAUGGUAAAUACGGAAGUUUCACUGUCUGAUCAAAUCAUGGAAGCAAGUAAACUAGUUAAUACAAUUUUGCGAGAAUUAUAUGCUACAAAUAACUACAAUUUGUCUUAUCCAAUCAAACUCUCAUAUCUGGAUGAUCUCAAACCUUCACAGCAUGAUUUAUAUGCUGGGUCUUCUGCCAAAGAGCAAGCAUGCUUUUACUUAGAGAAUGUUUCUUCACAGCUAGAACAGAUUUUUCCAAAGGAAGGUAUAUUUAAAAAAAUGUUUGACAAAUGGCAAAGUGAAUCAAAUGACAUGAAAAAUGAAAAAUUUAAGCUACUGAUGACUGCUGAAAAUGUUUUGACUGAAAUUUCAAUAAAAGCAAAAGAUUUAGAAUAUUCUCUUUCACUUUUAAAUUUGCCACCUCUUGAGGAUUGUGAAAGCAGGUUCUAUAAUCACUUUAAAGAAGGUUCUACUAGAGCUGAGGAUACCAAAGCACAAAUUAAUAUGUUUGGAAGGGAAAUUGUUGAAAUACUCUUUGAAAAAUUACAGCUGUGCUUCUUAUCUCAGAUGCCCACUUCAGAUAGUAAAAAAAAUCUAACAAAUAGGAAAGAACACAUCUCUAGUAAAAGCAAUCAUGGUUUUCCAACAAAGCAUAUCCUCAACAGUUUACCAGUCUGUAACAUGAAAACAAAGGAUUCAGUUUCUAUGGGCUCUAGCAACCAGAUUAUUCGAGAGAUUGUAGAAAGGGUUAUAAAUAUGUUAGAGUCAUUUGUAGACUUGCAGUUUAAACAUAUCUCCAAAUAUGAGUUUUCUGAAAUAGUGAAAAUGCCUAUAGAAAACCUUUUCCAAGUCCAACAGAGACUAUUAAGUAAAAAGAUAUUGCCAAAAUUACAACCACUGAAAAAAAAUUCUGAUGAAUCCAAGCCAAUUACUAUUUCUAAGGAAAACAUACAGAACACCCUGCUACAGGUUCAUUCAUUUCAUUCAGAAUUACUCACAUAUGCUAUUAAUAUUGUCAAUGACAUGCUUGGCACAAUCAAGAACAAGCUAGACAAAGAAAUAAGCCAAGUGGAUCCACCUUCAAUUCCCACAUUGAAAGAGAACAUUGUAGCAAGUGAGAUCAUUGGCACACUAAUGGAUCAGUGUGCUCAUUUCAAAGAGUCUUUGAUCAAAAACCUUCCAAAGGAAAGUUUGUUCCAAAGAACUGAAAAUACUUACAUUGUUAAUCAGGUUGAAUUAGCAACUAAUGUAAAAACACCCUCAUCAAAGUUAAAAGAAAAUAGUUUGAGGAAUAAUCCUCCACAAAGAAGUGUACCUGACUUGGUGUUUUAUUCAGAGGAAGAUAUGAAUACAAAGUACAGGGUUUCAUCAAAUUUACCCUCAUAUGACAGGUCCUCUGUAGAAGACACAAUUAAAAGAUCAGAGUCAGAGGAACUUCAUUCAGAAACUAUGCCAUCAUGUUCUAGAAGUAAAGUACAAUAUCACAGCCCAAGGAAACCUAAUGAUGAUGAAGACAUGAAAAGAAAUAGCUCCCUUCCUGAAGGCAGUGUCUUACAAAAACUGUCUCAGAAAGCAAACGACUCCACAGAAGCAUCAUUAAAGCAAGUCAUGUCAUUUAUGGAGAUGGGAAAAAGUGAAAAUCCAAGAGUAUUUCAUUAUGAGACCCUAAAACCAGUUGGUGAGCCAAACCAAAUUCAGACAACUGUUUCUCCACUUAAAAUAUGCUUAGCUGCAGAAAAUAUUGUCAAUACUGUACUGUCAAGCUAUGGCUUUCCAAAUCAACCACACACCAAUGAAAGCAAGGAAACAAUAAAGCCAUUUUUCAUAUCAAAACAAAGCCCUCUAUCUGAAAUAUCUGGACAACAAAAGAAUACGGAAAACUUGUUUAGAAUGUGGGACAAAAAAGAUAGCUGUAUGCCUGAAGAAAACAGCAGAAACCCUGAUGCCUACAAGGAAGAUUUUUCCUUAUUGCAGAAAUGGAAAAACAAAAACCCAAAGAUAGAUAAAAUAAUAACUCUGAAAGAAUUUGAAGUCAUUGCUUUUGCUGAUCAUGAACUGGGUCCAAAUGAAAUUCAUUUGAUAGCAAGACAUGUCACUACCUCAGUGAUCACAUAUUUGAAGAACUUCAGAAGUAGAGUUUCCAGUGAGGAGAAGAUAUCUCCUAUUUCUACACUCUCAAGGAAACAGUAUGAAUUAACACAACCUCUAAGAAGCAUAUAUAAUACUUCUUCAAUUUAUCAAUUUUGUGAGCAACUCACUGAGUCUGUCAUUUGCCAUUUAACUUCAAGAAUUUCUGAUGUCACUGAAGAGGGUAGAGAAAAAAACAAAGACUGGGAAAUCCAAAGUGCAGCAUUUAACAAGAUUAUUUCAGUUCAUUCUGAAAUGUUUGAGAACAGGUCAAUUUCUAUUGGAGAACUUGCUUUAAGUAUUUCUGAAAUUAUUAUUGAAAUUCUUUCUAAUGGUAACAUUAUAAAAGCUGAAAUUACACAGCAAAUGGGUUCCAUCAAAACAAAAUACAUAUACUGUCCAGAGGUAGCUUCUCCUGACUUGGAUGAUUUCUUUCAGGAUCUCUUAACAGGAGUGAUUCAUGUAAUCUCCAAAGAAAUAGGAAUAAAUCAUCACUUUGAAAGUAAUGGAAGAAACAACUCGCUUUCAAUGCUUAGAAGCAAUAGUGGGUCCUUUUGUAGCAAAACCAGUAUAGUGGAAAGACAGAUAAGUCCACGAGACUGGGAAUCAUCUACUCACAAAAUUGAUCAACUUGUUAAAAAUAAUAAAUUAAGUUAUCUGGCAAAAAAGUUAGACAGAUUUGCUGGUAGCUUAAAAACUAAUGAAUCCAAAGAAGUAGUCAAUAAGGUGUUCAAUAUUGUUGUAGAUUUAUUUUUGCCAGAUGAAUUUCCAGAUGAGGCUAUGGAAUCAGGAAAACUACCAGGAACACUUUUCUCCUGCCCAAAUAAUCAACAAAGUAAUUUUACACUUUCAAAUAACCUAGGUCUUUCCCCAAAAUCAGUUUUUCUUCUCAAUGUUGUGUGUGAGAAACUUGUUAGAACACUUUUGGAAAAAUGCACAAACACUGUCUUUGCUGAUGAUGGUUCUCUUUCGAGUGAAAUAUUGGCAGAAGAAUGUCAGCUUUUAAAAAUACUUCAAAGUGAAGAUGAUGGUGAUUUUGAUUAUUGUAAGGGAUUGAUGGGCUGUGAACAACUUCAAGGAGAUUACAUGUCAGAUCUUUUGGAAAAUCUGGCAGACAUGGAUCAAGACUUAAUGUCUUCAGAUAGUAUGCUUGCUAGUAUUUCCCACAGCUUGGUUAAAUCACUGAUGGACAAACUAUCUCACAGCUUACAACAAGCUCCUGAAAGUCCACCUUUUGCAAAAAAACAUUUGAAAUACAGAACAAGAGAAAUACAGUCUACAUUUUGCUCAAAAGCAAAUGUACCAGAAUUAGUAAAAUUAAGACAAGAUAAAAACUUUUUAGGGUUCGUGAGUUAUGACAGUAAUUCUUUGACAGAAGAUCUGAGUAAUCCCAGUGUGACUAGUUCCAAAUUACAAGCACCAUUUGGCAAGCAACAUACAGUAAAAUCUUCUUUGUCACUUCUUAAUAGACAAGAAACAAAGGAAAUGGAUAGAAUAGCCGUUUCUAACAAAGUACUUCGAAGAGGGAUGAACACCACAAGUGUUUAUUCAGCCACAUUUUUGGAGGAAAUAAUUUCAGAAUUGUUUUGUCAUCUCUCUAUAUCAUUGUGGGAAAAAAAUGCAAACAUCACUGAGGCCCAUCUCAAUGAGAUGAAUAUAUUGUUUGUCAACAAUAUAGUGAAUGAAUUUAAUAAUUCUCAAAUCACUGUUCUACGGAAUGCUGAGGAAAGGCUAUAUUUUCCACCAAUUGAUAAAGAAACUCUUAGCAAGAUUGUUAACUCAAUUUAUUGCAGUGUUGUAGAGCAAUAUGAAUUGAAUGUGACGUGUGGCAAUAAUCUGUUAUAUGGUGAUAGUUCAAUAACAAAACAAAUAGCUGACAGCAUAUUGAUAGAGAUUUUAGACUACCAACUUCCAUCUUGCCAUAGAGGAAAACUUGUUCCUCAUUUAUAUUACCCUCUCAAAGCUGAAAUUAUAUUGCAGAAGCUUCAAAAUAACUUGAGAAAUUUUACUUUCCAGCCCAGGCCAUCAAAAAGCUAUAGCACCAGGUUGCCACACUCAUUUUUAGAAGAUGUCAUCAGAAGACUUUUAUCUCAGCUCAGUCUUCCAUCCAUCAAUCCUUCCUGUUUGGAGACAAAAAACUUAAUGAGUUCAGAUUUUAAUGAAAUGUCCACAUGUAUAAUAAAUAAGGUUAUGUCAGCCAUUUCAAAACAUAAAAUCUGGUUCACUAUCUAUGAUAAUCAACAUCUAGCUACAGGAGAAAACCUUGAAAAGAUGGUGGAUUCUAUUUAUAGUAGUAUUUUACAAAGGUCUGGUUCUCUUAUUUCUAUACAGAAAAAUAUAGUCAGCAGAAGUCCAAUUAUGGUUGACCAAAUAGCCAGUUUUAUUAUCCAGAAGACUAUUGAAAACCAUCUUCAGCCAUUUUUAAGUGGAGAGGUUUGGCCUCGUUCAAAGACUCCACAUGAUGCUGUGUCUAAUAUGGUCAAACAGGUUAUCAAUGAAGCUACAGAAUCAUAUGGACCCCAGAAGCCAUCACCUUUAGGUAUUCGCCCAGACACACUUGUAGGGGAGAUUGUUACCAGACUUUUAUCAAAGAUUUUUAGCCCAAAACCGAACACUGAAGUUGAACUGGAAAACAUGACCCAUAAAAUAAUAAACUCAGUGAAUAAUCAUUUGGACAAAGCUAAAAUUCCCAUUCCAUAUGAUAACAAAGAGCAGUCUUUCCCCACUACAGAUACAGAUAUUGUGGAUGAACUUGUCACCUCAGUUUAUAGGAAGGUUUUAAAUCAGCAUGGGCUAGACCCUGAUAUUGAUAAAGAGUCAGAUGAUAGUACUAUUUUUGUGGAAAACAUUACCAAUUUAAUUGUGGCAGCCAUUUCAAACUAUCUUUUUCAUCCAUUGUUUUCUGGUGAUUUGUCAGCUUCUUCCUAUUCUGUUUCAAUGGCUGAGAAUAUUGUUCAAGACAUCCUCAGUAACAUCAGUAAAUCUAUCAUGUCAAACCAGAGUUUACCUCCAUAUAAUACUUUAUUGCCAUACACAUUUUUAGAAGAUAUGAUCCGAGUACUAUUAUCUAGAUUCUUUCCUCCUAGAUCCAGCCUGGUUCCAAACAGAGAAACUCCAAAAGAUAAAUCAAGAAUGAAUUUUAAUGAAAUUGCUUCCAACCUAAUCAGUGAUAUUAGGAUGAAAAUUUCCCAGCAUGAAAUUCGAUUUUCAAAAGAUGAAGAAGUAAAGUCUGUUUAUUCAGAAGAUGAUGUGCAGCAUCUUGUUGACUCAGUAUUCAAAAAUAUUUUACAAAAUUCUGAUUCUCAAGCUUUAGUGCAGCAAAAUAUCACAAACAAUAAUGAUGUUUUUAUUGAUAGAAUAGCAGGUUUUAUCAUUAAAUAUAUCUGUGAACAACAUCUUCAGCCAUUUGUGCAUGGAAAGUCAUUAUCAUCUUUAUCAGAUGAGUAUUUUGAUGAUAUCAGAGAUCAAUUACUUUACACUGGUGCUUAUUCCUCAACUUUUGUGGAAGAUGUAGUCUCUGGGGUUUUAGGCAAAAUAUUCCACAGAGUGGUAGGCAUUGUACAAAUGAAGUCAGUGAAAAAUUCAGAAGAUGAACUGUUUGAUAAAGCUGAAAAACUCAUCCAUUUCAUAGCAGAAGAAUUCUCAAAAGCCCAAGUGAGCAUUGUAGAUAAUGCUGAGGAACAAUUGUGUUUGCCUCCAGUGGAGAGAGCUACAGUCAAAAACAUUAUCGACAUGGUAUAUAGCAAAGUUUUAGAAGAAUAUGAAAGGGAAAUUAUGCCUGAUAACGAAUUCUUAAAUGACAUAAAGACAUUGGCUGCAAGGGUAACUAAAAUCAUUCUGACUGAAACACUUCAUUUCCAAAUCCAUUCGGAUCUUAUAGCAAAUUUUCCUUUUAAGUCACAUUCCAAACUCAAUGAAAAUGUCUUGGUAAAUAGAGUUCAAUAUGACAUUAGUAAAUCAAGAUUCCGGAGACAGGCUUCAACAAUGUAUACUACUAUGUUAUCUCAUACUCACUUGGAAAAAAUAGUCACUCAGCUUAUGUCUCAGAUUAGUCCAUCAGCUUCCAGUGUAGAACAUACAGAUAUUUCCCAAUCAGACUUAAAUAAUACAGUCAUAAAACUUAUAAAGGAAAUUAUGUCAAUAAUUUCAAAACAUGCAAUAUGUAUUACUAAACAUGGGGAUAAAAAGCAAAGUAUGAUUUCAGAAAAAGAUAUACAGUCUAUGGUUGAGUCCAUAUAUGCUGAUCUUUCUCAUUCAAACCUAUACCAAUCUCUUGCAAAAGAUCAAAAAGGUAUAAGUAACAUACCUGCUUCAAAAAUAGCAAGUUUUAUAAUAAAAGAAAUCUUUAACCAUCAUCUACAGUCAUUUUUAUCUGGAGAUAAAACUUUCUUUUCAGCUUCAGCUGAUCAAACUUAUAAACAGAAAGCAAUAGAUCCUAAACAAAGAGAAUUGUCCUUUGUUGUGAACUCAGCAGCCUUUUUGGAGGAAGUAAUUUCUGAGCUUUUAUGCAAAAUUCUUUAUGCAUUCACACACAAUGUCUUGGCUGCUGAAAACCCAGAUGGAGCAAAAGCCAGAAUUACUAACAUUGUUACAACAUUAGUAAAAUCAAUCAUUCUAGAGUUCACCACAUCAGAGAUUUUAGUUGCAGAUAACUUGGAUGAAAAUUUGUGUUUUUCAGAGCAGUAUAAAGAAAUGGUUCAAAAAACAGUCAAUCCAAUUUAUGAAAAACUAUUAGAUGAAUAUAAAUCUCUAAUUCAAAUAUAUAGGGCUAUACAAAGUGAUACUGCUUCUUUUGGAAGAAAAAUAUAUCAUUUGCUAUUGGAAGAAAUUUAUGAUUAUCAAGUACAGUCAUUAGUUUCAGGAGAAUUAGUGUCUUCUUCCUAUUCUUCCCCUCAAGCUGACAACAUCAUCAGAAAUGUGCUUAGUAUCAUAACGAAGGAUAGCAGUGGCUUGCCAUCAUGUGUUACUGUGUUGCCUCAUUCUCUUUUAAAAGAUAUGAUUUGUAAGCUUCUAGUGCAUAUUGUCCCUUCAACUGAUGCUGAAAAUGAACUAAAAGAGGAAGAGGUUAUACCAGAUGAUAAGUCCGUGGACACAGCUUCAAAAUUGACUGAUGACAUUAUAAAAGAAAUUUAUGAACAUGAGAUUCGACUUGCCAUAGCAGAAGAGAAUUCAGAAAGUGUGCAAUUAGAAGCUAUUGAGAACUUCAUUGACUCCAUAUGUAAUAAUAUUUUGAAAAAAUCUGAAUUCCAAGCUGAAGUACAGAAAGGAGCAGACCAAAAAGGAGGUUCAUUUCUCAGUAAGAUAGCUAGCUUCAUUAUGAAGGAAAUUAUGGAUCAUCACUUACGACCAUUUUUAUAUGGUGAAGAAUCAUCUUCCAGUGACUUAUCUGGUAAUGAUUGUGCUUCUGUAAUUGCUAAAUCUGAUAAGAAAAAGAAACGGCAUUCUCUGUAUUCAGCUACGUUUUUAGAAGAUGUAAUUGUUGACCUUGUUAACAAAUUUUGUCCUUUCCCAACUAUUACUGAAGAUUCUAACAAAAAAAUUCCAGAGUCAGAUAUUGUGGGGUUGGCUAUCAAAUUUGCAAACUCACUCAUAGGCGAAUUUAGGAAAAGUGAAGUUAAAGUUUUACCACAUGCUGAAGAAAUAUUUUCUUUUCCACCAAUUGAUAAGGAGACAAUUGAUAAUAUAUCUAAUUUUGUAUAUGAUGAGUUCAUAGGUAAAUAUGGAUCUAAGGAUAUUCAGAAAGGUGAUAAAAGUAGCAUUGUUAUAGAAAUGAUUGCCUCGUUAGCCCAGAAGGCCAUCUCUACAUUCAAGAUUCAACCACUAUUCUCAGGAGAAUGGUCUUCUACUUUCUUUUCAUUUCUAAACCCAGACAACAUUACCCAAAGGGUUCAAAACCUACCACAACAAACCUCUAUGAAGAUAACUAGAUGCUUAAAAGAUCAACCUACUUUACCAGAACAAUCACACAAGGACAGUUCUCAAAGCUCAGAUCAGAAAAAUGUUACGGACAUAGAUGAUAGAGUUGCAGUGAGCAGAAAGAGUGACAUCCAAGAUUCAAUAAUCAGCUCUAUAAAUGCCAUUAUGGACAGCAAUCUGUUUAACCUAGUAUCAGAGUCAGCUGCAGGUGUAGCAAAUAAAAAGAAAGAGAAUCAAAAUAAACUGGGAAUUCAUACUAAAGAACAUAGUGAGAAUGUAUCAAAAGUUACUAUUCCAUCCACCACUGUGAAAAGGAAGGAGGCUCAAGAUCCAUAUGUAAAUAAAAAACUUAAAGAUAAUGAAAUUGAGAAGAAGAAAAAAUCCACUGCAAAAAAUGAGCAGCAAGGUGCUGGGGUGGACACACAAUUUUCAGUUGCUACUGAUAAUAAAGAAUAUGAUAAGUAUGUACAUAGGUCAGAUUGUAAAAUAGACAAUGAAAAGAAGAUUGACAGUACCAGGGGAAGUCCAAUAGAAAAAGUUGACAAACACUUUCAGGCAUCUCCUUUCAAGCCCAAGGCAAGAAGUAUGGAGUCUAUAACAGACAAAACUUCAAAAAUAAUCCAAAAGCCAAGCAAUAAAGAAACGAGAAACCCUUCAGCUCAUAUACAUGUGGAUGAAAUACCAUAUUCAGGUUAUGAAUGUGUUCAAAAUGUCAUUGAAAAUAUUUAUGAGAAUGUUUUAGAAAUAUCAUCUUCUCAAGAACCAUUGGAUUUAUCAAAACCAAGAUAUAGAAAAAGCUCUCCAGGUGAUAAAGCACUGAAUAUAGUUCAGGUGGUUGACAAUGAUUCUGCACAGUCUGUUAAAAAGGGUUUAUCCCCUUCGAUUAAUGAAAAAGUCCUUGACAAAGAGAAAGAAAAGAAAGAAGGAGAAAAAGUUAAAGAAGGGGAAAAGGAAAAAGAAAAUGAGAAAAAGAGAGAAAGAGAAUGUGCAAGACAGAAAAAUACUGAAAUUAAACCUAGUAAACUUGACCAUCCUCAGCACCUACCAAGAAAUAAACCUGCAGUUUUUCCGGCUAACUUUUUAGAAGAUGUUAUCAGUGAAAUUGUUAAUAUAUUGGUUUUUUCUUCCUCACCCGAACCACAAAUAUGUGAUAAAUGUCUAAAAGCAAAUGAUGAUCAAAAUCAGGCUGAACUCUAUGAAACCGCUAUGAAACUCAUUGAUUCACUGUUAAAGGAGUUUUCAGAUGCUAAAAUUAAGGUGUUCAGGCCACAUAAGGGAAAUCAGUUUCUCCCACAUGCUGAUAAAAUAUCUUCAGAUCCGACAGGACUUCCUAAGUGUAAAGAACCAACUACAGACGAAGCAUCAUCCAGUAUUAAGGCUAAAAGUGUAGAUAAAGUGUCACAUAUGCAUAAAAUGACUGAAGAAGCACGUUCAGAUAAGUUACCUUCCGUAGAAAAAAGCCAGUCAAUUGAUAAAACAUUAGUCAAUAAAGUUGUUCACUCUUCUGUUUGCAAUAUUUUGAAGGAGAAUAGAUCUCAGGAAUCUAUUUGUAAGAAAAUCAACAGUAACAGGGAAAAUUUAGCAAGAAGUAUAACUAGUGCAGUGAUAGAUGAAAUUUUUCAACAUCAUCUUAACUUGAUAUUUUGUGAUGAUGUUCCAAAUUCAGCAUGUUUUCCUCUAGAAUCUAAGGAAGUUGUCAAAAAAGUCCAAAAGGUGGUCCAAACAGCCAGCAAAGAAUGUCAAACAUCAUCACCAUAUACCAUAAUGUUGCCUCAUAGAUUUUUAGAGGAUGUGAUUUCUACUCUUCUAUCAAAAAUUUUCAAUUUUCAAUCAAUAUCCAACAGCAAAAACAAAGCAAAAUCACCUGAGGGAAAAAAAUCCACAGAACUGUAUUUUCUUCAAAUGAAGUUAGUAAAUACAGUUGCAGAAGAAAUCUCUAGAAAUGAAAAUAUGGUUGUGAAAUAUGUAGAAUCCUUACACCCCAAUGAUGAUGAGAUCAUUCAUUUAGUGGUUCAGUCUAUUUAUAAUAAUUUGUUGCCACAAUUUGGAACAACAGAGGUCAUACAAAAUUGUGUAGCUAGUGGAUGCAGACUCCUUUUAGAAACCAUAGUUGAUUUAGUUCUACGAGAAGCUGCUGGCAAUCAGUUGCAGAACUAUUUUUGUGGAAAGUUAACUCCACAUCAGUGUGCAGAAGUUGAUAGUACUGUUGAAAAUAUCCUUAAAGAUAUUAUUCAAACUGCUUCACCUGAAUCAUCACAGGCUCAUAAACUGUCUUAUAAUGUAAUAGAAGAAAUUGCUAUAAAAUUUUUAUCUAAGUUAUUUUCUGUGUUUCCAAAGGGAGGUAAAGAAAUAACCAAAUCUCUAGAAAAUGAAAUUCAAAAUAUAACAUUAAAAAUAUUAAAAUCAUUCCAAGAAUUUAUCUCUAAAAGUAAGAUUAAACUUGUAUCAUCAACUAAGGAAUCACCUACUGUACCUUUAGCUGACAAUGCAUCUAUUGAAAACAUAGUUAAUUCUGUUUAUGACAAUGUUUUAAAACACUCUGGCUCUCAUACAUCUGUUUUUAAAGAUUUAAUGGGUAAGAGCAAUGUCCUUUCUGAUAUAAUAGGUUUCUUAAUGGUGAAAGAAAUUUCCAAUUCUGAAUUUCAACUGCAAGGAGGGGAAGAAGUAUCAAGCUCAGAAUUAGCUCUGGAAGCUGUACAAAUUAUGGAAAAAGUGGUCAAAAUUAUUGAUGAACUUAAGUCCCAGGAAAAGUCUUCAUCCAGAAAAGGUUCUGUGUUACAUGCCAAGGUUUUAGAGGAAGCACUAGCCUUGUUUUUGGCUAAACUUUUAAGAUUGCCAAGUGCAUCAAGCAAAGACACAAACAACUUAACAAAGCCAGAGUUAAGUAAAAUUGCAUCUCAACUGACAAAAAAUGUAACUGCUGAAAUUUCCAAAAGUAAUAUUUCUCUUAUAGCUGCUGAUUCUGAAGAACAGUCUUUAGAACCAGAAAGCAUGGAAAUGAUUUCUCAGGUUAUUGAUUCUGUUUAUAGCAAUGUAUUUCAACAAUCUGAAACUAAUAAAGAAUUUUAUGACACCAAAGAUACAAGCAUAGUCUUUCCUAAGAAUGUGGCUAGUUUGAUUAUUGAUGGAGUUUCAAGUGUUUCAUCAGAAAGCAUUAACACAAAGAAUUCAAACUCUCAUUUCUGUGGAGAGCUGGAUGUUAAUAGAAUUGUUGACAAGGCACAAAACCAUGUUCUCAAAAUUAUGCCUGAGUUAGAUAAUGAAGAACCAGAUGAAGAAAACUCUACAAUUAAAAUAGUUCCAUAUCUUAGGAAAAAACCAAUCAAAAUAGAUCCAGAGAUUGUUUCAGAACACUUAACAGUCCUUUCUGUAAAAACCCAACCUCUUGAGAAGCUUAAAAUGGAAUGUAUAAGAAGAACUGGACAUAGCAUAGCAGAACUGAGAAGAGCAUCAAUAAGUGGGAAAAGUUACUCUUCUACAGAACCAAUUGAUUCAGAAAAGAGACAGAAAGAAAGACGAACCACACUGAGUAAGACAGGACGAAUAGAUAUAAAACCCUUGGAGGCUGUUUGCAGACAUUCAUUUCAGAAUAUAAAAAAGCCUGAUAUCACUACAGUAGAGCUUUUAAAAGAUGUUCAAACCUCAAAAGAUCUGAUCAUUCGGUUAGUAGCUCAUGAUAUUAAUCAAGAUCAUCCAGGAAAUAAUGUAGCCGAGGAAGUAAUUUCUGAUGAAGAUGAAAUUGUUUUAGGUGAGGUUGCUGUUCAAAGAAGCUUAGGAGAACUAUCUGAAGAUCAAGAGAAAGAAUUUGGGAUGACAGUAGAAAGCAAAGUUGCUUCUUCCAAGACAAUAAUAAGUGCAAGCAACCUGAAAAAAAUCUUAUCAAUAAGCAAAUGUUGUCAGACUACAAAUGGUGUGAAUACUGAAAGUAUUGAAACAACCUCAAAUCUGAUACUAGAAUCUCAUGACACACAAGUUCAAAGAACUGCUGCUGAGAUUGGCAUGCCCUUUUUAAAAACCUUGACUGAAACAGACUCUCCUCCACAGAAAAAGACACAACAUAAUAAAGAAGAAAAGACUCUAGUUACUGAACCAGCACAUUACUUCAUACACAGAAUUAUGAGUACAUCUUCAUAUAAUCAAGAUCUCAUUUCAAAUACAAGUGAAGGAGAAGAUUAUAACCCAUAUCCAAGUGCUAAAGUAUUACAAGCAAGUUCUCAGGAACAAAAGCCAGAGAAUUCAAGCAGCAUUAAGUUUAUCAACAUCUUUGAAGGAUCAAAGAAUUCUGCUGGUAAAGCAUAUCCCUCAAAGGAAGUCAUUGCAGAAACUCUGAAGUCCAGUAUUCCCAAACAAGGAUCUAAAAUGCUGGCAAAGGUAUCUUCAGCUCUGUCAAAGGUGUUCUCCCGGUCUAACAGCAAUAUUCCCAAAUCUUCCUCACCACCUCACCAGGAUGAACACUGA